CAAGGCACACCAAGGAGACAGAAAGAAAGUCACAUGGUCGAGAUGAGAAACAAUCCCAUUCCUGGCCACGGGCAUAAUUUCUGUGAAUUGAACCACAUGGUGGAGGAAGCAUAUACAUGCUUGGAGUGUGGAACAACCUUCACAGAUCAUAACCAAUAUGAGAUCCAUUUGCAAAUACACAGUGGAAAGAAGACUCAUCAGUGCUUGGAUUGUGGUAAGACUUUCCUUUGCAGAGUAGAUCUCCUUAGGCAUCAGAGAACACAUAAACAAGAGAAAUCUGGUAGCUUCUCAGACUGUGGCAUGGACUUCUCACAAAAAUCAGAACUUUUUCAACUCCAAAGGACACAUUCAGUAGAGAAGCCAUUGAUUUAUCUAGAAAGGGGAAUGUCCUCUGGUAGAGGAGAGGGUAAUGUACAUCUUCCAAAGCACAGUAUCAUGAGGGCACAUAAAUGCUUUCAGUGCAGGAUGUUCUUCAGCAGCAGAUCACAGCUCCUUAUGCACCAAAGAACCCACACGGGAGAAAAGCCUUUUGAAUGCUCAGAGUGUGGAAAGAGAUUCAGUCUGAGUAGCACUCUUCAAAGGCAUCGAAGAACUCACACAAAGGAGAGACCUUUUGAAUGCUUAGAGUGUGGGAAGAGAUUCAGUCAGAGUGGCACUCUUCAAAAGCAUCAAAGAACUCACACAAAGGAGAGGCCUUUUGAAUGCUCAGUGUGUGGAAAGAGAUUCAGUCAGAGUAGCACUCUUCAACAGCAUCAAAGAACCCACACCAAGGAGAAACCUUUUGAAUGCUCAGAGUGUGGAAAGAGAUUCAACUGUAGUGGGAAUCUUCAAAGGCAUCAAAGAACUCACACAAAUGAUAGACCUUUUGAAUGCUCAGAUUGUGGAAAGAGAUUCAGUCAGAGUGGCCAUCUUCAGCAGCAUCAAUUACUCCACACCGGAGAGAAAACUUUUGAAUGCUCAGUGUGUGGAAAGAGAUUCAGUCUGAGUAGCACUCUUCAAAGGCAUCAAAGAACUCACACAAAGGAGAGACCUUUUGAAUGCUCACAGUGCGGAAAGAGAUUCAGUCAGAGUGGCACUCUUCAACAGCAUCAAAGGACUCACACAAAUGAGAGACCUUUUGAAUGCUUACAGUGUGGAAAGAGAUUCAAUCAUAGUGGCAAUCUUCAUCAGCAUCAAAGAACUCACACAAACGAGAGACCUUUUGAAUGCUUACAGUGUGGAAAGAGAUUCAAUCAUAGUGGCAAUCUUCACCAGCAUCAAACAACUCACAUAAAGGGGGGACCUUUUGAAUGCUCAGAGUGUGGAAUGAGAUUCAGUCGGAGUGACACUCUUCAAGAGCAUCAAAGAACUCACACAAAGGAGAGAUCUUUUCAAUGCUCAGAGUGUGCAAAGAGAUUCAAUCACAGUAGCAGUCUUCAAAAGUAUCAAAGUGCCUAUUGUAAGACCCCUGUAUAGUCUCAGAUGAGAAACCCCAAUGUGUCCCCAUCUUCUCUUAGCAUUUUGGAAAGGCACCCCCUGGAGAGCUGAUGAUGCCUUUGCAUGCUCAGUGUGGAACGAGAUUCAGAUAUCGUGGUUCGUUCUCUUGUUCUUUUCUGUUUGUGUUCCUUUUCUGUUCUUUUACUCAGAUUAUUAUUAGAGUUACCUUUAUUCCUAUAUGUGUGUACCUAUAUGUGUGUACCUGCAUCGAGGCUGUUGGUUCUAUUUCUGUAAUCUUUUGCUUAUUUUUAUUUUUAGCAAUUAGUUUCCUCACUCAUCCAUCAAGAUUUUCAAUUUCAUUUGGCUACUUGAACAACCUUUCCACAGUUCAAGAGCUUAACUGAUAAUUACGCACCUUUCUUCUUCUUUCUAUCUUUUUCCAGACAUUCUGGGGAUUAUCACCUACAUAAUCUUCUGUUUAGACAUGAAAGUCAUAUCUCUAAGGCUGUACAAAAUAUAUCUUGGCUGCAGUAAAAAUUCAACCUGCAUUUCGUUCAGGGCUUAGUUAAAAACCUAGUGGUUCUGUGGCUGUUUGAAUUGUUUUAAUUUGCUAUCUUAUAAUGUGUAUGUGAUGUUUACUUUUUCUUAAAGCGCUGAGCCAUUCUUUCCCAUUUAUUUUCAUUAUUGUUACAUUGUUUUUUCUAAAAGCCUAUGUGCUACGUAGACAUCUUUCCAUAAAUGAAGUGAAAAUACACCAGCAAA